AUAUAUUUCAGAAUUAAGACUCAUUCAUUUCACUACAACACCUUCUAGCUCACUUGUGUUAAGCAAGAAGUAGGUGAUCAUACAUGUUCAUGGCUACUCUUCAAGCUGCUUCUUUUUGUUGUUGUUAUUCUUCUUCUUCUUCAGCUUCCUUCAGAAAAAUCAAAGCCACCUUAAAUGCCCAAAAAUUCCAAUCAUCAAAUCAUCAUUCUCUUCCUAGGCUCCUUGCUGAUGAGUUGAAUCAAAGUAAAAGGCUACAAACCUUUAAAUCUGCUUUAACCCAAAUAGAAAUGAAGCCUAAGAUAGAAACAAAGGCAGUGAAAGAGUUAUAUGCAAUCAUGGAAAUUGUAGCAGAUAGAACAGAAAUGCACAAGAAUAUAGGGUCCCAGAGAGAUAACUGGAACCGUCUUCUGCUAACUUCUGUUAAUGGAAUGACAGUCACAGCAGCAACUAUGGCUGGACUUGUGGCUGUGAGUGGAGUUGGAGUUUCAGCACCAGUUAUUUUGGCUCUAAAGCUCUCUUCUAGUCUUCUCUAUAUGGCUGUCACUGGUAUUUUACUAGUGAUGAAUAACAUUCAGCCUUCUCAGCUUGCAGAAGAACAAAGAAAUGCUUCCAGACUAUUUAAGCAACUUCAUGAGGAUAUCAAAAUGACUUUGGCUCUUCAAAAUCCAACUGAAGAUGAUGUAGAAGAUGCUAUGAAUAAAGUUUUGGCACUUGAUAAGGCCUACCCACUUCCCUUACUUGGGACAAUGCUUGAUAAAUUUCCAAAAAAGGUUGAGCCUGCUGUGUGGUGGCCAAAACAUUAUUUGAAGACUCAACAAGAAAAGGGUAAUGGGAAAGUAAACAGAAAUGGGUGGAAUGAGAAGCUUGAAGAGGAAAUGAGAGAGGUUCUUGGGGUUAUGAAGAGAAAAGAUGAAGCAGAAUAUGUGAGGCUAAGCAAAGUAGUACUUAAACUUAACAAAAUUCUUGCAGUAUGUGGUCCUCUGUUUACUGGUUUGGCUGCAGUUGGGUCAAUAUUACAGGGAUUACCUUUCAUUGGCUCAUGGGGUGCAUUUUUGGCAGUGAUGUUUGGAGCUUUAGCCACUGUGGUUAACACUGUGGAGCACGGUGGGCAAGUUGGGAUGGUGUUUGAGAUGUAUAGGGACUCAGCUGGGUUCUUUAGGCUUAUGGAAGAGACUAUAGAAUCAAACCUGAAGGAAGAAGAGGCUGAUAGGAGGGAAAAUGGGGAGUUGUUAGAAGUGAAAGUGGCUCUUCAGCUUGGGAGAAGCUUGUCAGAGCUCAGGGACCUAGCCAGUACCACAUCAUCUUUGGCUUCAAGAAUUAGUCCGGACAAAGAAGAGUUUGGAAGCAAGCUCUUCUGAGUUUUGAUGGGCUGUCUUGAUUGAUUUUGUGUAAUUGUAUACUUGUGUAGCAUGUAUUUUGAUAAUAAUCUUGACUAGGCGGAUCACAUACAUAGUUAUUUGAUGAGUUCAAAUUUUCAUGUAUUCAAGCUUACAUGAUUGAAUGGAAAUCAAAGAUAGUUUUAAAUUUU